AUGAAGCUUUCUGACCUACCAGUGGAGUUACUUUUAAAGGUACUUCCAAUAGAAGACAACUUAAUGUGUUUUCCAGAACAUAUCAUUUUCCAUUGGUUGAAUUUACUCCCACAAACUGAGCUGUUUAAAAGAGUGGCAAAGGCGGUGCAUCAUAGAGAAAACAAUGAAUUUGUAGGGGCAUUUCUAUUCGAGAAAAACUGUCGUAACCAAGCUGAGGUCGAGGAAAGAGAAUCUCUUGUGAAGCUUCAUAGUCGGUUCGAAGAGAAGCUUUAUAUCAACCCUGGAUACUCAGUGGGAAGCCAAUUUUAUAAAAGUUCAUUAACUUUGGCAUCGAAGUGGUUAAGCAAUUGGUUAACCUACUCCAAACCUUUAUCCGAACUUUUUUGCGGAUUUAGAGAGACAACCGGGAGAACGAGUGCCAAUGUUUGUUGA